AGGGCGAGGCGCUUUUAUCGGGCACGAUAAGUUUGCUCGGUCGCAAAAUCCCGAUUUUUAAAAUGGCUUCCGACUCGGGAUCACAUGUAAACAAAUGCAUAACGCUAUCGUCAAAAAACUUACUUUCUGUAUCAUCAGAUGAAGAUUAUGUAGAUGUACAAGACUCCGAGUUCAAUGAUUUUGGACAGUCUAUGACUCACCCAACAGCAUGGAGUGAGAACUCGAUUCUGACACUUUCAGUGGAAGAUCAUCAGAAAAUAGAACUUGUUGAGCCAAAAAAAGACCUAUCUCGAAAGCUUAUUUCCACCUCUUGUCGCCACUUGUUAUUGAUUUCUACACUGGCAAGCUCAUUAAUAAUCUUAAUUUUAUCGGUAUCAUUGUUAAAAAUUCUGAAUAAACAUGAAGUGAGAUCUUCAGUUUGGAAAACUCUUCAGCUUUUGCACUAUGUUGGUUUGUAUAGUUUUUUAGGUGGAAUGACAACUUUUAUUUCCAUUGAAAUUGUAUUUAGUCCAUUUGGAAAAUGUUUGUGGAUAUCUAGACUGUUUCAAAGAAAAACUGAAGAAGCAAGAUGGAAAUUUCAACAGAUGGUGUUAACAGUUGUGUUUGACGACAAAUUUAUUCGACAAUAUUUAAAGAGGGCAAAAAAUGUUAGUGACACGGAAAAUGCGGCGGAAGCUGUUUCUUUUGUACGAUCGCUGAAAUGUAGUGAUUUCAUCGAAGAAAAGUGCACACAGUUGUUGAACUCACCAGAAGGCUUAAUUCUGGACUCUCUGGGUAUCGACUGCAAUGAAGUCAGAUCGUAUUUAAAGCAAACUGUUGUUGAUCUAGUUUUCAUGGUGCAGGAAAACGUAAAGACAACGAAUUAUGAAAACAAUGAAUACGAUCCUGUAACUUUUAAACGAAAUAUCACAAACAUACUUACAGAGCGGUUGAGUAACGUGUAUGAACGUGAUAUGAACAUGCUGAUGAGAGGGACGAUUCAAGCGUACGUUGACGCAGUAGUGGCGAUGGUAUGCGUGAUGAUGGGUGUGGUCGGUGUGAUUGUGGGUUGCAUCACUUUGUUUGCGUUAUAAACUAACUUAAAAUUAAAAAUAAAAAUCUAUAAUAAUUUAUAAAAAUGAAAAAUAUAUGUUAAAUAUUAAAUUUAUUAGAUAUCAACUUUUAAUUA